CGUAAAUUAAAUUGCAAAUUGUGGAUGGACUAGUUGUUUCACUUUCAUCCUCCGCAUUCCGGUCGCUCCAUUUAACAUCUCUCUCUCCGGCUCUUUCUCUCUCUCCCGACGAUCUCAGCAUCCAUCCACAGAUGGCGAAACCCGCGUCUGCCGCCGGAGCCACUCUCCUCCAAACUCUCCGUCGCUACAUUAAAAAGCCAUGGGAGAUAACGGGACCUUGCGCGGACCCGGAAUACAAGCAUGCCAUCCCGAAAGCCACUGAGUAUCGCCUUGAGUGCCCCGCCACAACCAAGCUGAAGGCCAUCGUGCCCACCUCCGAACCUGAAACCGUUUUCGACAUCAAGUACCACACAAGGGAUCAGCGCCGGAACCGUCCACCGAUCAAGCGCACGGUUUUGAAGAAGGCGGAUGUUGUUAAGAUGAUGAAGGAGCAGACCUUCGGGGUUGCCGAUUUCCCUCCCGUUUAUUUGACGGGAGCGAUGGAGGAGGAUAUCAACACCCGAGGCGGUGGCUACCAGAAAUGACGGAAGAGGUAAGCAAAAUGCGCUUGUUCAAUUUUCUGGGAUUGGAUUGAUUUCUAGGUUUGUCUCGGAGCAAUGAUCGAUACUCGAAUAUUUCUAGGUUUUAUGUUAGGAACUAAUUUGGGAGUUGAAAGUUACUAUCUUGUGAUUGUUCAUCUGGCGGUAGAGAAGUCAGAAGUUCUAAGAGAUCGACGUUUUGUGCUUUUUUCUGUUCAAAUCUGUGAUUUUAUCGUUUCAAUAAUUGCCUUGCGUUUCUCGGGCAAUAAUUGCUUAAAGACAUGUUGAUGUUUUUCUCCCCUCUGAUUAUAAUUCAUAGCAACUGGUCCCAACCACAGUUGGCGGGAAGGUCUGGGUUGAUUCAUUGUGAAUUUGCUGAUUCGAGGAGAACUUCUGCUCUAUCAUUUGCGCAAAUCAAAUCAGUAUACUUUGUCUAAUCAACUGAUAAGAAUGAAUCAAUUCUCGUGAUCCGCAUACAAAAAAAAAAAAAAAAUAAUCUCUUGAUUCUUAUGAUGCUGUCAGAAGUUCAGGAGAAAAGAAUAAAACUAGAUAAUCCUUUGUGCCUCUGGCUACUCAUAUUCUGUCAUUCAAUGUAAAGUUGAGUUUUUGUGAUUCUAUUGCUUUUGUGCAUGUAGGCACUCGAUGCCCAACUUAGACACUGUAUUUCACUAGGCAAAGUUGAUUGCAGAAAUAUAGAUGGUAAUUGUAAGCACAAUGUAGACGGUCGGUGCAUCAAUUUCAUUGUUUAGGGUACCUAGCUGCUUGGUUACUUGUUUUCCAAUUUCUUCACUACUGUUUGGGGGAGCUAUGAAAGGAGGAACUGAAAGUUUUUCUCUUUUGGUAGGUUGAUUUAGGCAUGAAUCUUUGUAGUCAAGUUGCGAUUAAAUCUUCAUACUUAAGAUGUUGGUUUUCCCUGGUUUCUGUGCUCCCAACUAGUCCUUCAAACGAGCAAAUUAAGCAUUGCCAAGAUUUGCUUUCUUAGCUGUUCCUUCCAUUUAUCUUAUUACCUAGGGAGCAUAAGUACAAAUGUCUAAGACAAGUGGACUGGACAGGAACAAAAGAGAAAAGGCAACAUCAUAUUGAACUAUGUCUUAAUCGAGUGUUGUGCCAGCUCUCUUGCAUUACUAUUCUUGUCAUAUUACAUACUACUACUUAAUACGAUCUUACCAAAGUGUGCAUUAUAUUGGAAGCUUCAGCCUGGUCUUAUACAAUAAUGAGGGGAUGCAAAGGUCGUGAAGCAUAUGCCAUUGUCAUUGCUUGUUGGAAUAUGCUCAUGCACUUCAUCCUUCAUCUUGCUUUGCCAUUGUAGAAAAAUCAGUCCAUGUACACUCUAAUCGUGUUCAAUUAUUAGAUUCCCGCAGUAGUAUGCUUGGCUAGAUGGAAGGAUGGUUUCUUUCGCACUCUUUUCUCCCCCUGAUUCAUGUAACCUGGAUUUUAUUCAGUCAGCUAAUAACUUGUGGAACAAGGUGUAUUAACUUUCGAAGGCAGACUUUUUCUUAGUGGACAGCCUUUUUCUCAUUCUUGAUCAUAUGAUCUGUUUGGAAAGCCUCAUGUUUGAUGUUUCUACAGAAUGUUUAAGGAUAAGCAAGUUAUCUGUUUUUACUUCUUAGCAAUCUGAGAGCAGUAAGUAUGAUAUUAUUGUGGGUGGCUGAUGCAGCAGUAGUUUCAGUUGGUGGAAUGAAGGGAUUUCUAAGAC